AUGGUGUGUGUUUCACGCGGGCAAAUUGAUUUGAGUGGCGGAGAUCCUAUGAUGGCGACCCCAACAGUGAACCCGACUAGACAACGAGUUGAGGUUGCGUUGAAGGCGUUGGACGCCAAAAUGAAGCAGGUUGAAGAAGUUGAACGACUUGCUCUUCUUGCGCUUGACAAAGAAUUUUCGUUGACAAAGUAUUUGGGUAAAAGUGGGAUGGACAGAAUGGUCCAACAACAGCGAAUAAAAGAGUUGAAAGAGAUGUGUAGGAGAGCACGGAUCCUCGAACCAAGACUCCAUCAAAAGAUGAGAGAGGUUAUUAAAAUUCUCCCAAAGAGAGAGCAAUACAGAGCUAUUAGAAACCUCGACCUCAGGUUCAGAUUCUCACUCGGCACAGAACUCGACACAGCUUAA